AUGGGGAGACUGCUGCUGUGGGUUGGGCUGGCCCUUGCGCUGCAGCACCACGGCGGUGCUGCCCACAAACUGGUGUGUUAUUUCACCAACUGGGCACACAGCCGGCCUGGCCUGGCCUCGAUCUGGCCCCGUGACCUGGACCCCUUUCUCUGCACCCACCUGGUAUUCGCCUUUGCCUCAAUGAACGACAAUCAGCUGGUGGCCAAGGACCUCCAGGAUGAGAAAAUUCUCUACCCGGAGUUCAACAAGCUCAAGGAGAGGAACCGGGGGUUGAAAACUCUGCUGUCCGUCGGAGGCUGGAACUUCGGCACGUCCAGGUUCACCCAUAUGCUGUCCACACCCGCCACCCGGGGGAGGUUUAUCAGUUCAGCUAUAUCCCUCCUGAGGACACACGGCUUCGAUGGUCUGGACCUCUGCUUCUUGUACCCGGGACUGAGAGGCAGCCCCACGCACGACCGGUGGAAUUUUCUCUUCUUAAUUCAAGAACUGCUGUCGGCCUUCCAGAAGGAGGCCCAGCUCACCUCGCGCCCGAGGCUGCUGCUGUCUGCGGCUGUCUCCGGGGACCCGCACGUCAUCCAAACAGCGUACGAUGUGCCCCAACUAGGAAGACUCCUGGACUUCAUCAGCGUCUUGACGUACGACUUACACGGAAGCUGGGAAAAGUUCACAGGACACAACAGCCCCCUGUUCUCUCAGCUCGGAGACCCCAAAUCUUCGGCAUAUGCCAUGAACUCCUGGCGAGAGUCGGGGGCCCCCUCGGAGAAGCUGCUCAUGGGGUUCCCCACCUACGGACGGACGUUUCACCUCCGCCAGGCCUCUGAGAACUGGCUGCGGGCCAAAGCUGUGGGGCCUGCGGCUCCGGGGAAGUACACCAAGCAGCCCGGCUUCUUGGCUUAUUUCGAGGUGUGCUCCUUCCUCCAGGGGGCGCGGAAGCUGUGGAUCGACCACCAGUACGUCCCGUAUGCCUACAAAGGGGAGGAGUGGCUUGGCUAUGACGACCCCACCAGCUUCAGAUACAAGGCAUCGUAUAUAAAGAGAGAGCACUUCGGGGGGGCCAUGGUGUGGACCUUGGACCUGGACGACGUCAGGGGCGUGUUCUGCGGCGAGGGCCCUUUCCCCCUCGUCUGCGUGUUGCAUCGCCUCCUGCGGCAGGCCGAGUCCAGCUCAACCCUUUCACUAAAAAUUUUGGUCUCAUCUGCUACAAAUUCCUCAAGAACCAGCCCCGGAAGGCUGACCACUGAUUCUCGGGGGCUGCUCCCAGGAGGGGUGAAUGUGACCGAGGCGCUGACCACUGAUUCGCGGGGGCUGCUCCCAGGGGCAGAGGGCGUGGCCACUGGGACCCAGAGAAAGGCUGACACUGUGACGACACUCCCCAGAGGCAGGGCAGUGAGCCCCACCUGGGGAACCGCACCCUUUGUGAAGCACAGUGUGGUUCUGCAAGGGGAGACGGAGACCCCCAUGGGAAAGACUGUGACCCCCGUGGGAAAGAUCGUGACCCCUGUGGGAAAGAUCGUGACCCCUGUGGGAAAGACCAUGACCCCUGUGGGAAAGAUCGUGACCCCUGUGGAAAAGACCAUGACCCCUGUGGAAAAGACCAUGACCCCUGUGGAAAAGAUCGUGACCCCUGUGGAAAAGACCGUGACCCCUGUGGGAAAGAUCGUGACCCCUGUGGAAAAGACCAUGACCCCUGUGGGAAAGGUCGUGACCCCUGUGGGAAAGACCGUGACCCCUGUAGAAAAGAUCGUGACUCCUGUGGGAAAGAUUGUGACCCCUGUGGGAAAGAUCGUGACCCCUGUGGGAAAGAUCGUGACCCCUGUAGAAAAGAUCGUGACUCCUGUGGCCCCUGAAGAUGAUGGUCCUCCUGGUGGGAGGACUUUGACAUCUGAGGGGACACUGACCCCGAUAGGUUACCUUGGUCUUUAGAUGGGAGCUGAGAACAGGAUUCUGCCCUGGCCUGUCAUCGAGCCCCCAGGACACAUGUCUCUUGCUUUUGACAACCUCUUGUUUCCCGUGGACAGAAAGCAUUCUGUCAACUCGAUGUCCCUUCCGAGUCCUCUCUCUCUAAGGAAAGGAAACCUAGAAAACUCUUCUGUGGGUCAAGGACCCUAA